AUGCCCGCCUCGCGCCGCCGCAAAACUGCCCUCUGGUGGCACUGCUCGGAGGACGAGUGGUACGAGCGGUCGAUUGCACACUGGUCCGCGUGCGACGACGUGCUUGGCGGCUGCGGGUCGGUGGACGGGGUCGACCUGUCCGGCUCACUGCACUUCCUCCGUGCGGCGCUCGGAGGCGAAACGGCGCCUGCGGGCUCACUCGCGCUUGACCUGGGCGCGGGCUCGGGCCGCGUGAGUGGUGGCGUACUCCUCAAGGUUUUCGAGCGGGUCCACCUCGUCGAGGUGAGCGCUCCGCUGCUGCAGGCUGCGCGCACAGCGCUGUGCGACGACUCUUCGCGGCUUGACUUCACGCUGGCCAGCCUGCGAGAGUUUGUCCCGCCAGCUGGCACGUACGACGCCAUCUGGGCGCAGUGGAUCCUCGGGCAUCUGACGGACCACAGCGUUGUGCGGCUGCUCGCUGCCUGCCACGGCGCCGUCCGCCCGGGCGCGCUCGCACGCCGCGGACUCGUGGUGGUCAAGGAGAACACGGCGCCGCCAAAGAAGUGCCGCGAGGGCCGCGGCAACUACAUGCUUGACGCCGAGAACGCGGCGGUGCUGCGGACGCACGCCCACCACAUGGCCCUCUUCCGGCGAGCUGGGUACCGUGUGGUCAAGUCCACCCGACAGGCCGACUUCCCGAGCGACAUCUACCCCGUGCGCAUGUACUUGCUCGCGCCACGAGUGAGCGCCACGUGA